AUGUGCCGGCAUAAACCCCCGCAACAAGGCGGCCAAUUUUUCUUAGUACGAGGGUGGCAGAUUCGGGCUUGGUACUUGUACUUUGUAUGUUUCACGUGUGAGGCGGGUGUUUCCGCUGAUGCAGCCAUCAGUCGACUGCAAGAAGCCUUCGAUGUGUUCCAGAGGACGCCGCAGGGUCAAGGCAAAUUGCUCGAGGAUCAAGCUCGCGUUGCAACCAAGCCAGAUGUCAUGGAGCAUCCAUCUGGCGAAGUUCGUUUGUGGGCAGCGAAAUGUUUGGCUGAAGUGCUCAUGAUUUUCGUGCCAAGACCACCCAUCGAACGAGACAGGAUCUCAAGCAUACUGACGUUGUUCAUAGAACAGAUGGGGUGGUUGACUGACGCGGCGGCUGUGAACUACCAACAUGCUUUCGAUUUGUUUCGCAGGCUCACCGAAAUACGUGGUUUCAUGCUCUUGUUCGAGACAGCGACCCCAGAGCUGGUGCUGGCAGACUUGGUGAGAGUAACCAUGGCCACUUAUCGCAAAGCCGCGAUGGCACUGGACGUGUCAUGGGCCGACAAUUUGGAGCAGCUUGAAGCUUUGUUGACCCAGUUGUUGAACAGCGUUCUCGCGGAGGCAGAUGAUCUUCCUGGAGCCGUUGUUGGACUCCUGUUGGACGAAGUGAAGCAGAAGUCGAAGCCUGCAGGACUUGUCAAGCGUGUGCUGGCCAUGUUGGCACGGCGUACAGCAGCUGUGGCGGUGAAUGACUAUCUGAAUUCCUGCUUGGCAGAGGCACGCAACUCUCCAAGUGAAAGCCGGGAAGAGUUGCAGCUGGUUCCAAGUGCCGCGGAGCGCUCAGAAGCUACGCUGGUCGCAGUGCACGAGCUCUACAUGGUGGAUCCUGCUUUGGUGGCACGUGUUUUGCCAAAUUUGCAAGCCGAUCUUGUGAGCAAGGAUGUGAGUCAACGGAGAGCGGUCACAGCUCUUGUUGGGCAGUUGCUCGCCUUCUGUCCUACUGGUGCCUUGACUCGGCCUAUUUUGGCAUCUUCGCACCCCUUGAUUGUGGAGCGCCACAGGGACAGAUUGGAUGAUGCAGAUGACGGUGUCCGAUUGGCGGCCCUAGAUGGUGCUGGGGCCAUCUUGAAAUCGACAGCAUCCAUUAGUUCAACAAAGCCAGUGCCCUCUGAUUGUCAAGAACUGCUUGCGGCAGGUAGUGCAUUGGUCCUGAAAGUGAAGGAGCGAAGUUUGGACCCAAACGACUCUAUCCGAAUGCGCUCAAUCGAAGUUGCGUUAGAUGUGGCAGCCGAAUCCAUGGCAGGAUAUGGUUUGCUGGAGCCAGCCCUCUUAGAGAUUUCCCGCCGCAUUUUGGAUAAAAAGGGCAAGGUGCGCGAAGCCUGCGCCAACAUGAUGUCACGGCUCUAUGCCAAGCAUUCACUUCCAAGAUGGAUAUCUGGGCAGCUGGCUGAGCGCUGGAGUUGGAUCCCGCAGCAGCUGUGUGAAGCGUACCUGGUUUGGAACAACACUGGGCUGGGCCAAGUUGCGCAAUUGGAGGAGCACUUCGAGCAACACAUUCUUGGAUGUGGCGCCGGCAUGGGUGGACACCAGCGUGGUUUAGCAUAUCUUGGCUUUUACCAUUCUGCUGCAGACAGAUCUUCAAACUCCUCACAGGGCCUGGCUUUGCUCUUGUCCAAGAAGCGGGAUGCCAAUGAGGCUCUGCAAAGAUAUCUAGACAAGAGAAUUGCAAAAGGAGCGCCGCUGAUGCCGAAUCCAGGUGACGGGGUGUUGGCAAUUUCAGGCGGUUCCAUCGGUGCCAGUCCAGAAGCUGAGAACUUGUGUGUGCACUUAGAAGGCAGCAGUGGCAGAACUCUUCUAGCCACAAUGGAUGGGAUACGUGAUAAGGCAUUUUGGUCUUUGUUGCAGCUUCUCACAAGCCCCGCAGACAGCAGCCAUCAUGAGUCGGACAAGCUUCUGGAUUCGCUCAAGGAGCUGGACCGACUGCUGCGGAUGCACAGCGUCAUGGGCCUGACACCUUUGAUUCGUCGUGCUCUUCUCUGCACGUGGAUGUCCCCGGAUCAAGUCUCAGCUCUGUUGGACUUGUGGAACAGAAGAUGGCCCGAAGGUUUCCAGCGAGAAGAAGAAUCAGCACCGCGAGACUUGGCAACAGCUGCUCGAGCUUGUGUUGCUGAUCUUCCAAAGUUUUUUGCUGGAGCUGUCCAUCCACAUGCAGAUCACCUAGUGAAGAUGGCAACAACUUCAGCAGAAGAUGCUUGGGCAGCUGUAAGAGCAUUGGCAUCAAUUGCGAAGAGGAAGGAAGCUCUUGGGAUUGACAACAGGCUGGUUCAUACCGCGCAGCUGGGAGAUGUGCUGCUGGAAGCUUACCAAAUGGCAAGUACAGAGAAAAGUGCACAUGACCCACACCGUAAGGUCACACAGGCCUUGAAGCUGUUGCCUGACCAGGAUAGGAUGCUAGCUGUGCAAAGCUGGCUCGUAUGGGCACAAAGUAAACUCUGCAGUGCAGAAAAGGUUUCUGCCUUCAAUCUUGCCUCCGGUCUGUUCGAGGAAGAUUUCCCUGGUGGGUUAUUCAAUGAUUUGCCCAGUCGUUCCGAAUUCCUGGGUGAGGCCCAGAGCAUCCUUUCAAGAGCGGAGGCAGCAACGGAUAUUCGCUGUGCUGCAAUUGAGUUUGUAGCAGCUGCCGGGUCUGAGGAUUGUAUUGUCAGCUUACUUUUGGCGCCCGCCAACAAGGAGAUGGAUCAGGACCAGAUCGCGUCGUGGAUAGACCCACAGCCCUCAUUUGCUGCAUGUUCUGUCUUGCAUGUUCUUCGCACCGGUCGUCUGAAGAUAUCCACUCAGCUGUUGGCGAAGUUGGCAUCCAGAAUGCAUGAGUGCCUUGGACCUAGCAGGCCAACUUGCGAUAGCGAGAAGCUGCUAGAAGCACUUCAGCGUUUGCAGCAUCCACCUGGCUCCAGGGUGCGCCUCGCGAAUCGACUACGCCUUUGCGUUACUCUGCCCUUAGUAUUUUGCUUCUCGCCUGUCAGGAAACACCGCGAAGCAGUGCACAGGAUGUUGCAAGCGUCCUUCACGAAGGCUGCCCGACGGAUGGAGGAGCCUCUCUUGGAGUUUGCUAUUGCAUGCUUCAUUCACUUUCUGUCAUCGGCGGAAAUCUUUCAAAGAGAGGUGUCUGAGCCAGCGUCAGCUUUUCCAAACAGCAGCAAGAUAUGCAGCUUUUUAUGUGAAGCUCUGCUACGGAGUGACGUGCAACAUUGCAUGGAGCUUGCAUGGACUGUGCUCCAAGUCUGCGACCGAACUUUGGAUUUUGUGGAUCGGGAACAACCAGCAUCAGAUGCAGUCCACAAAGCCGCCAGCGUCCUUCGCUACAUUGUGGAGAAGCGCUGCCCAAGCUUAGCUGGACAGGUCACAGAUGGGCGGGCAACAAAAGGUCGAAUGCCAGCUGAGCUUUUUGUAGCACGACGAACGAGUGCUGCUCAAAAGGCCUUGCCAGGUAAUGACGGACAAGGCGCCCCCGAACCAGGUGCAGAGGUUGGCGAAGAGACAGCUGCAGCUGAGACGGAGAUGGCAUUGCUGCCAGCAGGACCUGUGCAGGAAGGGUCUUGCACCCCGGCGGAGGUUUUCCAGACCCCGAAGCGGCGCGCGAGCCUUCUGAAGGCACGACGCCCGCUGUCACCCGCAGCCCCAGGAUCUGGUCGUUCAGUGGUAGCGGCCGUCGCGAGGCCCAUGGCGUUGACAGGAAAAAGCUCUAGCUUGUCUGGGGCAUCUGCUUUGAGCAGCGCUUCCAAGAAGAGACGCACAAGUUGA